CGCGCGCGUCUUCGUGCGCGAACGUUUGAUUUCCUAACAGAGCCGUCCUCGCGCAUGUCUUGCGCUCGAACGAUCGCGCCGCACGCGCGCGUCGCCGCGCACGCGCGUCGACACACGACGAGUGGGAAAUCGACGAUGUCCCGCUCCGCCGUCGUCCCGCGCGCGAAGGCGAACCGCUUGCAAGAGAAGAGCGCGCAGGAGUUGGUCGACGCCACGGAAACGUUCAUCUUUGACUGCGACGGUGUCAUCUGGAAGGGUGACUCGCUGAUCGAAGGCGUCCCGGAGACGCUCGAACUGCUGCGCUCAAUGGGCAAGCGAUUGAUCUUCGUGACGAACAACUCCACCAAGUCUAGAGCCGGGUACACGAAGAAGUUCGAGUCGCUGGGAUUGAAAGUGAACGCCGAGGAAAUCUUUUCUUCGUCCUUCGCCGCGGCGGCGUAUUUGGAAUCGAUCGAUUUCAAGAAGAAGGCGUAUGUCGUCGGAGAGACGGGCAUCUUGGAGGAACUCGACGGCGUCGGCAUCAAGCACAUUGGUGGUGAAUCGGACGCUGGCAAGCAAGUCACGCUGGCGAGUGGUGAGUUGAUGCACCACGACGAGGAUGUCGGGGCGGUUAUCGUUGGUUUUGAUCGCAACAUCAACUACUACAAGAUCCAGUACGCGACGCUUUGCAUCCGCGAGAACCCGGGUUGCAUGUUCAUCGCGACAAACACCGACGCUGUGACGCACUUGACCGACGCCCAAGAGUGGGCUGGUAACGGUUCCAUGGUCGGUGCCAUCAAGGGUAGCACGAAGAGAGAACCGAUCGUCGUCGGCAAGCCCGCGGCGUUCAUGUUGGAUUACAUUGCCAACAAGUUCCAGAUUCGCAAGGAUCAAAUCACCAUGGUCGGCGAUCGCCUCGACACCGAUAUCCUCUUCGGUAACGACGGUGGCUUGAAUACUAUGCUCGUGUUAUCCGGCGUGACCACGAAAGACAUGCUUUGCAGCGACGACAACACCAUUGCGCCGACUUACUACACCGAUAAAUUGGCUGAUUUAUUGUGCGUCGGCAAGGUCGCAGCUUAAACGCGUUGUUAUAUACCUCUA